AUGAGAUCGGUUGCAAUAAACACAAUGGAAAGACUUGUGAAAGUCAUGGCGACAAUGGAGGAUGCAAACAUUUCUGCACGGAUAUCAGUGAUGGGUAAUUACUACUGUCAUUGCCGUGAUGGCUUCCAAACGGAUCCCCAGAAUCCUCUCGACUGUAUCGAUGUGGAUGAGUGCAAAGGAAAUAACACUUGUAUUCAAUUGUGUCUCAACACAAAAGGAUCAUAUCUUUGUCGAUGCACGGAUAAUUAUGAAAACAAGGUGGUUGUCGGAGCGAUGACUGGAAAAGAUUGUCGAGCGAACCGGCUGAGGACAGCAUUUACUCACCUACUUCAAUGGCUGUUGGUGAGGGGAAAAGACAAUCGGAUCUUCUGGGCUGAUCCCAAAUUCAAACGUGUGUUCUCAAUUCUGCCUGAUGGCACUGAUCGACAAAUGGUUGUACAAGCCACUGAGAAAGAUGAUAAAGCGAUUCCGUUUGCGAUUGAUGUUUUU